AAGACAUUGACGGGCCACGGUGCUUGGCUGUACGAGGCACCAGGCUUGGGUGUCAUGGCACAUACCUUCGCCACAGUCCUCGGUGAUGAGGUAGCAGAUGCUGAUGAAGGCGCAGAAACGUUCGAUCUCUUCUCUCAUUUCCAUUCCUCUCAAGACCUGGGCAUGGUGGACGGCAAAGCAACAGAGGUGGAAGUCACUGUGGCCGGGAGAGAUUUCACCAUCAAGCAGUCCCCAGGCCUUCUGCGGUCGAAUCGGGAAGCUGGCACAACGGGUGCAGCGGUCUGGCGGACUUCUGUUCGUUUUGCAGAGUGGUUGGCCUGGUCUGCCAAUCCACUUUUCCUCGGAGGCGUGUUGGAUUCCUCCAGCAGUGUUCUGGAAUUGGGCACCGGCAUUUCUGCCCUCGCGCCUAUUAUGAUCGGCGAGCGGGUGAAGAAGGUUAUCGCCACGGACCAACAAUACACUCUCAAGCUAUUGCAAGAGAACAUCAGUUCGAAUGUGCGUAAAUCACGUCAGCCAUCCGGGCCUGGGAGCGGCAAGAACAUCGAUGUCUGCGCACUCGAUUGGGAGACGGACGACAUUCCUUCCUUUGUGCGCAUGCAUGUUGGAGAGGAUGGGUUUGACGCCGUCGUCGCCUGCGACUGUGUCUUCAAUUAUGCCUUGAUUCAACCACUGGUCGACACCUGCAUCGAGACAUGCCGAGCUCGAAAGUCUGUGGCCACUCAACAUCAACCAACCGCGUGCAUCAUCGCGCAGCAACUUCGACAGCCGGAAGUGUUUGAGCAAUGGCUGAAUGCAUUCAUCAAGGCUUUCCGGGUGUGGCGAGUGCCGGACGAGUUGAUUCGCGGAUGUGGACAGGAACCCGCAGGGUUCGUUAUCCACAUUGGCAUUCUACAGCCUCAUAUAGACGCAGAAAAGUCAACAUAA